CAUUGCCUUCGUGCCAGCCAGCAUCUCUUACCUUAUUGGAACUAACAUCUUUGGCGUCCUCGCACACAAGAUGGGGAGAUGGCUGUGCUCUCUCAUCGGGAUGGUCCUCGUGGGGGUUAGCAUCCUCUGUGUUCCUUUUGCUAAGGACAUCUAUGGACUAAUACUUCCGAAUUUCGGUGUUGGUUUUGCAAUUGGCAUGGUGGAUUCCUCUAUGAUGCCAAUCAUGGGCUAUUUAGUGGACCUGAGACAUGUGUCAGUCUAUGGCACUGUGUACGCCAUUGCUGAUGUGGCAUUCUGCAUGGGCUUUGCUUUAGGUCCGUCCGCUGGGGGUGCCAUAGCGAAGAGCAUUGGGUUCUCCUGGCUCAUGACCAUCAUCGGCAUCGUGGACAUCCUCUUCGCUCCCCUCUGCUACUUCCUCAGGAGUCCUCCUGGGAGGGAAGAGAAAAUGGCCAUCUUGAUGGACUCCAACUGCGCAAUGAAGACCCGCUCAUACUCAACACAAGGGAACACAGAGUACGAAGAGAUGGAGACAGAGUAUGAUGAGUAGUAAUGGACACCAGACAGGUAUGUUACCUUCCAGAGGAUCUAUUUUGUUGUACAAAAACAGAUAAAAAUUGAAAAUACAAAAAAAAAACAGCUAAGCUGUUUUGAUGUGAAUGUCCCAAGUGCGGUCGGUCUUCAUUGUUCUAUGUCAUUGUGAUCGUACGACUGGAGCAAACCAAAGUUGUUCUUAUCCCCCUGUGGUCACAAGCACGUUGCUUGUGUUUAUUUUUAGCCAACAGCCUUAUCCAACGGAAGUGGAACACUUGUCAAAACAGCGUUUUCAUAGGCCGUAAUAGUAGAACAUUGUGAGUCAUAUUUACUGGAUAGUUCAGCCGAGGGUGAUCUUAUAGAUCACCAAAUUGUGUACUGUAGGUUAGCAAGGAGUACAAACUUGUCUUAAUAAUUCACCUUUUGGCCAUUAACAGUCUUCACCAACAUAUCUAAUACAGAAAUAUGGAAAAAAAAUUGUACUUAGAGAGUUACUUCUAUCUGUGUAGAAACUGACGUUGGAUCAGAUUCAACAUCUCGAACAAGGCACUAUGAGAACACUGCUUUAGUGUUUGUCAUUCUAUUUGUUGAUUAUAAUUGUAUUAUGAUGAGAUGGUAAAUUAUUUAGAUAUAAAGUAUUACAUAGUCUAUACAAGUUACUCAAUACAUUUGGAAUGAGAAUUUGUUAACUUCUUUGGACAAGGCAAAUCACAAUGUAUGGGUUACAUUUGACCUUGAAAUUGGCCUUUUUUUCAUUGAUUCUACAAACAUGUUUUUACGUUGACAUUCGAAUUGAGGAAAUACCUGAAGUGAAACCUUUGAAGUCAUAGAAAGUUAUAUCCCCAGAAUCCAGUGCUGUCCUGGGUUGACUGCUUAUGGCUAUUUGCAUGGUAUACCACAUAAAAAACACAGCAUCACUCCAAUAUCAUCCUCAGUUUCACCUUCCACCUAAAAAAAAUGGUUAAUGAAACACAUUUUCACGGUAAAUAAUACCUCAGCUCAUAGAAAACAUAUUUUGCUUUUUUUAUUUGUACAUUUUGGAAAGCCAUUUGAAUGUGUGGAAAAGUAAGACUUAUAUCUGAGUGAUUUUUGAAUACAGAUAAUAGAAUUGUAUCUUUCUGUUUACCCUCAGCUCCAUUUACAGACAAUUGGAAACAUAUCUUAUAGGCUUUUCUUAGUGUGUUUGUGUCAAUACAAUGUUUAGGUAGAUGAUGUGCAACUAAGAUUUUUUUAACUUUCCCUAUUGAUAUUACAAGCCAUAAAAUAUACGGUGGUGAAAAGUAAACAUAUACAGACACAGCAUUACUUAGUUGUCUCUGAUUAAACAUCACCUUAAGGAGAGGAGAAAUUCCAUAAGCACUUUAUCAGAGUCUAGAUAUCCACACCAUUUAACUCCAAGGACAGUUCUAGUAUGUUAAUGUUGGUUUAGCAGAGAGAGAAUAUUGAGGUGAUCAGUCUGUUUUGUCAUGUUGUCUGUUAGUAAGAAAACACUCUCAAAGUUUUAUCAAAGAUAAAUGCACUGAUUAUUAUUGUGUUUUAAGUACACUUUCCCAGUAGUGUUAAUCCCUAAAAUAAGUAGAAACUCAAUGUAUUUUCAAGCACUAAGGUUCAAUUUUAGGUCCCGAUCUUUACCAAUUUUAAUCUUAGUUAAGCUAAUCCCUUGAGAGCAUUAACUUUAUUAUUUGUGAAUUUAUUGAUCACUUCCAGGUCACAAAAAGUAGACCCUUUUUCUAGCUGUUUAACACACAAUACAGAAAGCACAGCAUACAUUGUUUCCAAAAUGAAAUAAGAGUUUAUUGUCCAGCAGUGCAUGCACAUACACUGAGUAUACCAAACAUUAGGAACACCUUCAUAAUAUUGAGUUGCACCUCCCCCCCUUUUGCCC